CUUCGUGACCCGGAAGUGGUCCCGGAGGCGGCGGCCGCGUGGUUCCACGAAGCCCCGGCUGCGCUGCUGUAGUUGCUAAGAUGACCAAAGUAAAGGCCGUUCCCGAGGAGUCCGAGGCGCCGGCGGAGGGCUGCAGCGAGGAGCGCACGUACCAAGAGCUGCUGGUCAACCUGAACCCCAUCGCACAGCCCCUGGCCUCCCGCCGCCUGACGCGCAAGCUCUACAAGUGUAUCAAGAAGGCCGUGAAGCGGAAGCAGAUUCGUCGCGGGGUGAAGGAGGUUCAGAAGUUCGUCAACAAGGGCGAGAAAGGGAUCAUGGUCUUGGCAGGAGACACGUUGCCAAUUGAGGUGUACUGCCAUCUUCCAGUUAUGUGCGAGGACCAGAACCUGCCCUAUGUCUACAUCCCCUCCAAGACGGACUUGGGUGCAGCUACAGGCUCCAAGCGUCCCACUUGCGUGAUCAUGGUGAAGCCCCAUGAGGACUAUCAGGAGGCCUAUGACAAGUGCCUGGAGGAGGUGCAGGCUCUGCCUACGCCUUUGUGAGAGACUUGGGCUGCAACCCAGCCCCUGUUCCCAGAGCUGCUGGGCUGGCUGCAGGCAGCUGCCCACCUUAACAGCAUCUCCACAAUUUCCUGAUGUGUGAAUCUUCCCAGGCAGCUCCAACAGCUGUUCUUGAGGGUAGAGCCAGCAUCUUUUCCAUCAUUGCUAUCUCCUGUUGAGCUUAGAUGAAGACAGUUCCAAGAAUGUGGGGUAAAAGUAAAUGCUAAGGCAAAAAUG